AUGGCAGCCAAGCAAUUGCUCUCUGACCAGUGUAGUAUAGCUGUUAAUCACUUGGCGUCUUAUGAGCUGCACGUCAGUGAUGCUUACUUAUCUAUGGCCUGUAAUUCCACUGAAGACUCAGUAGAACCUUUUUUGGCUGAUUUCCUUGAAGACCAAGCUGAUGUGAAGAGGGAAAAUGGAAAGCAAUUUCUAAAAUAUCUACAAGGAUGUGGGAGUAAAAUCUGCCUUCCUGUGAUUAAGAGGCCUGAGAUAGAUAACUGGGGAACCGGCAUAAAAGCUCUAGAGCAUGGUCUGGAAUUGGAGAACCAGUUAACCAAGCUUCUGGUAGACCUGAAGACCACAGCUUCUUCCAAAAACGAAUAUGGUGUCUUAAACUUCUUUGGGAAGUUCCUGGAUGAACAGAAUAAAAACACAAACUACCUGCAAUUCCGGAUAGAAUGUUAUAAGGAAUUAGAGAAUAUGAACCAGGAGGAGAAAGACCUAUUUAAAAAGCCUGGUGAAGUGUUAGGGGAGAAGGAGCACAUCUGGCUGGCAGCUGAGGACCAUGCCAAUGCCCUCCACAGAAAGGACGAGGCGGACAAUCCAGUUGGCACUGAUACUGUCCUCUGA